CCCGACAAGCUGCCGCUGAACAACCUCGUUCCACGUAACCUUCGCAACCUUCUUAAAUCCCUUGGACAAGUUCACCAUGGAGAUUUCCAAGACUACCUGCUAUCAUUCGAAUAGAGGAAGUCGAAAUUCCUCGAGAUAUCUAAUAUCUUCACCUUCGUUGCUUUUCGACAAUCUUUCUCCCUAAGCAAGGAACAACCAACGCUAAGCCUCUUCCAGCUAGCAACCGGGCCGACACCGCCUACCACGUCAUGCUCGACAUCUCAGUUUCCGGAUCCCAUCGCGAGAUUGGCCUCGCUGUAGGGACCCAAGCGGCGAAGCAGGUCGCAGGCUCCAUUGAAUUCUAUCGGCUGCUGUUCAAGGCAUUCAAUGACCUCGAAUGGAGCACCGUUCGCGAGCAGACUGCGACAUUCCAGCCGUAUCUCAAGGCCAAGUUUCCAAGAUACUAUGAAGAAAUAGAAGGUAUCGCGGAAGGGGCGAAGGUCGAAUUACUCGACGUACUGGCCCUCAACAUUCGAACCGAGAUUGCUUUUGGCCUGUUCGAUGAAGACUCACGAAGGCCCAUGGCAAUCGCUGUGGACGGCUGCACGACGUUGGGAUGGAAAACGCCCAAUGGACAUUCAUUCCUCUCACAGAAUUGGGAUUGGAAAAGCAAGCAAAAGCCUAAUUUGAUCAUUCUGAGAGUCCAGCCAAAAGGCAUUUCCGGCGAACAACUUCCAGCCUUCCAAAUGAUCACCGAGGCAGGUAUCAUUGGCAAAAUUGGUUUCAAUGAACAUGGAGUUGGAUGUUUGCUGAACGGGAUUCGUGCCAAAGGAGUAGAUCCACAACGGAUGCCCAUUCACUUUGCGCUGCGCACAAUCCUAGAAUCUAAGUCGAAGAGAGAGGCCCUUGAUAAAAUCGAAUCUGUAGGUUUAGCUGGCAGUAGCCACAUCCUCCUCGGCGACGAGACGGGCCCAACGGGCCUCGAGUGCACGAGUAUUGGAUUUCAAGAGAUCCCGGCUGAUAACCUCGGUCGCGUCGUGCACGCAAAUAACCUUAUUCUCAAGCACGAGGGAGUCUAUGAACCCCUUUGGCUAGAAGACUCUCCUAAACGGACGGCAAGGAUGCAGGAGCUUGCUACCGAAGAAGUAGGGAAUAGGGCAGGGUUCGAGUCUAUCUUGGAGCUGUUUAAGGAUGAGCAAGGUUCGCCUGCUGCCAUCAACCGCCGACAGCACGGCAACAACGAUUCGAACACGCUCUUCAAUGUUGUGUAUGAUCUAACUAAAAGGAAAGGGAUCGUGUCGAUGGGAAGGCCAACGGAGAUAGAAGAGCAAAUAGAGAUUGGAUUUUAGCACUGCAAUAAA